AAGGAAGAUCUUUGGGACAGCUGCUUCUCAGGGCCUCAGACAUCAGUUUCUUGGGGCCUUGGGACCAUGACUGUCCUGUGGCUGGUGCUGCUAGUGAGCCUGUCUACCUUUUACCUUGGAGUCUUCAUUUGGGCUGUCAUUCAGCACUUUCUCACUGUGGAAAUCCCCUCUUCCUUGGAGCAUCCAGUCAAGUUCAGGUUUUUGCAUUGUGCGAUGCUGUACUUAAUUGCUAUGGGAAAUAUAUUAGAGAAGCUGAGGAUUUGCUCCAUGAUCAAGUUCAUCCAGAUUUUUCAGGACUUAAUAGUUAUAAAGAAGAACUAUAAUUUAGUGGUGACCAACAUGCACUUUGGGGAAAUCCCUGUGAGACUGUUCCAACCCAAGGCAGUGUCCUCCAAACUCCUGCGAGGCAUCAUUUUCUACCAUGGAGGAGGAGCCAUAUGUGGUAGUCUGGACAGUUACCACAACCUGUGCGGCUUCCUGGCCCAGGAGACGAAUUCAGUGGUGCUGUCAGUGGGGUAUCGCAAGCUUCCUGACCACCACCAUCCUUCUGUUACUGAGGAUUGCGUGAAUGCCUCCAUUCACUUCAUGAAGGGCCUGACAACCUAUGGAGUAGACCCCUCCCGGGUGGUAGUUUGUGGAGAAAGUAUUGGGGGUGGUGUUGUGACCAUUGUCACCCAGGCCUUGCUCAGUCUCCCAAGUCUCCCCCAGAUCUGUGCUCAGGUGCUUAUUACUCCAAUUACACAGGUCAUCAAUUUCCAAUUACCAUCAUAUCAGCAGAACCAAAAUGUCCCAUUCCUCACCAAAGACAUAAUCAGGAUGGCUCUGUGUAAAUACCUGGACAUUGACUUAUCUUGGAAAGAUGCCGUAUUUAAUGGUACUUGUAUUCCCCUAGACACCUGGAAGAAGUACAGGAAAUGGCUCAGUUCUGAUAACAUCCCCAGAAGGUUCAAGAGCAAAAGCCUCCUGCCUGAGUUUUCAGGUCCUUUCAAUGAGGCUGCCUAUCUGGAAACCAAACAGGUUUUGGAUCCAGAAAUUUCACCUCUCCUAGUAGAUGACAAGGUCAUUGCUCAGCUUCCCCAGGCAUUCCUGGUGAGCUGUGAGAAUGAUCCCCUCCGUGAUGAUGCCUUGCUCUACAAGAAGCGCUUAGAAGACCAGGGUGUCCCUGUGACCUGGUACCAUGUGGAGGAUGGCUUUCACGGAUGCAUCCUUUUUUUUGAUAAGCACCCUUUCUCUUUCCCCUGCUCCAUGAAAACUGUAAAUGCUGUCAUCACUUAUAUAAAGGGCAUAUGAUAGUCA